AUGAGUGAAAGUUCGGUUUGGUCUCCCAACAUAGGAGCUUCAUUGUGUUGCAAGGAUCAUCCUAAAUUUGGAGUCUGUACUGAUACGAGUUGCAACAAGUGGUGUCUUCAAGGCUGCGGGAAAGAGAAGAAAGCGACUGAAGCUGUGAAACCUAGAUCUGAUUUCGAUUUCGCGAAAGAUAUGGAGCCGAAGGAUAUUCUAUCUCCGACGAGGAACAAGGUAUUUGAUUUCGUGAGCAAAGCAUACGCAAUGGUGGAUGAUCCUUCAACGGAUUCAGCAAUCUCGUGGAGCGAAGACGGCAGUAGCUUCGUCGUUUCGAAUCCGGCGGAAUGUUGCAGAGAGAUUUUUCCCCGGCUCUUAGGAAUCUCCGACUUCGCAAGAUUUGAAAGAUUUGGCUUUACCAAAAUCGAGUCUGGACCAAAGCUGGGGUUUGCGAUAGAUGAUUUCGUGAGAGGCAAACCGGAGCUUUUGGAGAAGAUCGGCGAACGUUACGUGGCGAGAUUGAGCGAAUACCAUGAGUCGAAGAUCAAGCCGUUAAGAGAUCAGGUGAAGAGCUGCAAGAACAAGAAGGAGAAAGAGUUGGUGUACAAAGAGCGUAGGGAGAAGCUUGAGAUGCAGAAGAGGGAGAGAUUGGAUAAAGAUUUUGGGCAAGAGAUCGAGCUUCUGAUGAAACGCAUCGCAAAGGAAAGGGAGACUAGAGAAGCGGGAGUCUUGUCGAAAGAAGUUGAGGAUCGUGUGAAGCUUCUCUUAGCUUUGAUGUGA